CAAAAUCUCAUGAAGCAGUCCACCAGGCACUCCUAUAUCCAAAUAGCUAAUAAGGAAGACAAGUACCUCCAAAUUGAUAUCAAAUUGCCAGACAUCCUUGGGGAUUCAGAUCUUGAAAAGAGUAAUGUCAAUAGCACUUUGGGCUAGAUGAGCUGGGAGUUCCAUCCAGGCUCGUCGUGACCGUUUAGAGUUAUAAUUUAGUCUUGGAUUUAGGUCAAGAAGAAACUCGUAAGUUGAAUGACUCCAAGAUCAAGAUCCCUAUUCAUACAUACUCACCAGGGUUCAAGACUUCUACAGAUGAGACCAAGUCCCCAGUGAUCCUUGAUUUUAUGAAAGUCAAGGGUAAGUUCAGGCCACGCAAGAAACUUGAUAAGGUCAAAUUAGAAACCAAGCCUAAUCCUGAUCUGACAGAUAACCUUUUCGCAGAUCAAAGCCCGAUUGUCAAGACUUCAAGAAAUUGAAUUCACACUACUAAAUAGAGACACUAUGAACUUUGUCAAAAGAGAGAAAAUGAGGAAGAAGAUAUUUAAGUAUAUGAGACUAACAAGACCGAAGAGAACAGAUCCAUCUCCUUUACAGACAAAGAUUUUGACUGCAAAGUACCUCCCAAAGGAACCAUUUCUAGUCCGAAAUCCACAAGUUUCAAGCGAUGUUCAUCGUAGUUUACCAAGAGGAGUCCCUAGCAGGUCGAGCAAAAGUCCACAAAAAGCUAGAAAUCUGAGAAGCCUGAAGGCUUCUCAGAUUUUUUACAAUUCUUGUAGCCCCAAACUGGCUUCUCCUACUAUUGUAAUCCAGAAGCCGACUAGGACUUUUAUUCCGCUGAAUAAAAUUCUAAAAUAGCCAUAGUACUGCAAUUGCAAUAAAGCCUCACCAAGAUAUUCAAGAUGCUAAAUUCUUAGCCAAAAAUGGAAAGACCAAUAUUAAGCAUGUUGAAAAGGCAGAGCCAAGAACCCAAAGGAAAAUCAAGAUGGUCACUCCUAGAAAUAUUUUUGAUAUAAACAGAAAGCAAGAAAAGAAGCAAUCUGGGUGGCUAAGAGGUAACCAAAGAGGCUUCAGGCCAGAGAAAAAAUUUAAGACCAGAUAUCUCACUCCAUUUCAGUCAAAGAAAGUCAAAGUUUUUGACAAUAUCGAGUACGAAGCUGGUAUUACCUCUACAUUCGGAUUUUGAAUCAGGUCUCUUAAGGCUGCUCGGAAGGAUGUUUAGCGAUAUUAGGCUAUUGAAUAGCACAUCCAGACAGUAAACCGUUUAGUAAUCUCCAUUGUUCAUAACCAUUUACAAGAU